AAAACAGAACAAAAAGAAACCUUCUUCUCUCAUACAAUCCAUGAAUCCAACAACAACAUUAAUGUCUUCUUUGUCUGUCUUCUUAUAACACCAAACAAGUUUCAAACUUCCAACCCAGAUCCCCCCCCCCCCCCCCCAAAUGGGGUCAGUUUGAAUCUUUGAACCCAACCCAGAUCCUGUAGCUCCACCAUUAGAUUCCAGCCCAAAUGGAGAAAAGACACAUGAUUAUAUUGAUUGUGACAUUAUGUUCAUCUUUUGUUUUACUUGUUAUUCUUCUCUUGAUUUGUAUGUGUAGAAGAAAAGGGUCUGAAACCAAUGAGUCAUGGGAUAAAGAAGCAAACAGUGAGUUUAAACAAAGUGGUGUGGAAGAAGAAGAAGAAGUAGGAGAGAUGAAAGGGGAUUUUAUUAAGUUUGAAGGUGGUGAAGAUCUAACAUGUUUUGACAUAUUGGAUGCUCCUGGUGAAGUGAUUGGGAAGUCAAGUUAUGGGACUUUGUAUAGAGCUAAUUUGUUGGGGGAUUCUAGUGUUUUGUUGUUGAGAUUCUUGAGGCCAGCUUGUUGUAGUUGUACUACUACUGGGAAGGUACAAGAUAUGAUGCAUGUUGUACAACUUUUGGGGGGUAUUAAGCAUCCUAAUUUGGUGCCUCUUUGUGGGUUCUAUUCUGGGCCUAGAGGUGAAAAGCUUCUUGUUCAUCCUUUUUACAGGAGAGGAAAUUUGGUUCAGUUUAUUAGAGAUGAGAACGGCGACUCGCACAAAUGGGAAAUCAUACAUAGGAUAUCAACAGGCAUUGUUAGAGGAUUAGUUCAUCUUCAUACAAGCCUUCAAAGACCGAUUAUCCACGGAAACCUCAAGUCAAAAAACAUACUUCUGGGCCGAAAUUAUCACCCGUUUGUAUCCGAUUUUGGCUUGCAUCUUCUCCUGAAUUCCGCAGCAUCACAAGAAAUGCUAGAAGAUACCGCGGCAGAGGGUUACAAAGCACCCGAGUUGACUAAAAUGAAAGAGUCAAGUACCGAAACUGAUAUCUACAAUCUCGGGGUCAUUUUACUUGAACUAGUAACCGGUAAGGAACCGAUUAACGGUAAAGCAAGUCCUGAUCAAGAUCUAUAUCUGCCAACCGCGAUUAGAAACGCAAUGUUGGGUCAUCGGAUGUCGGAUUUAUACCAUCCGGAUGUUCUUAAAGAUGAUAAUGGUGCGUCGAGUCGUGUUAACGAAGAUAUUAUUAUCAAAUUUGUGCAGCUCGCGUUGGCUUGUUGUUCGCCCUCGCCUUCUCUUCGGCCCGACAUAAAGCAGAUUUGUAAGAAGCUUGAAGAAAUUGGACCAAAAUCUUGAAAAUUUGUCAUGUCGGAGACAAAAGAGUAAACUGCCGUUUUGGUCCCUGUGGUUUGGUCAAUUUUGCCACUUUAGUCCAAAACUCAAACUGUUUGCAUCUGGGUCCCUGUGGUUUCAGUUUUAUUGCCAUUUUGGUCCAAAAAUGGAAUCAUGUCAUAUUUGUCUUAUAAAAUCCUGUUAUUUUGUCAUUUUCCGCAGGGGCAAAAUGAUCAUUUCUUUUUUAUAAAUAAAUACCAUAUUUUAUAAGACAAAUAUGACCUGAUUUGCCUCUGAGGAAAAUGACAAAAUUGCAGGAUUUCAUAAGACAAGUAUGACCUGAUUUCAUUUUUGGACCAAAAUGGCAAUAAAACUGAAACCACAGGGACCCAGAUGCAAAAGGUUUGAGUUUUGGACUAAAGUGGCAAAAGUAACCAAACCUCAGGGACCAAAAUGGCAGUUUACUCGAGACAAAAAUAGUCAAAAUUUUGGAAACAAUGAGAUUGUUCAUAGUUUUAGUCACUGAUUUAGCAUGGUGAUGAUCAAAUACAGUUGUAUUGAAAAGGGUAUUUUUGAUAUGGGUCAAACAUGUUCUUGAAUGGUCAAAGUCAGGGUCUUUAUUGGUUGACCCAUUUAUUUAUUGGUGUUGCAGUUCUUUGUUGAACAAGAAAAGCAAAAACAUGAAAAUUGCCAAUUAUUGAGAACAUGCAAGGAGAUACAACUGUUUUCUAGAUUCUAUACAUACAGCUGUUAUAUAUAUGACAAAUCAAGUAUUGCAUUAAA